UGUUGAGUCCUGCCCCGCGCUCCGUUCCCACAUCACACUCGCAUGUCGCUGGUCGGUUGAACCCGUCGUCUCCUCCUCUCUCUCUCUCUGGGAUCAUUUCAGCUGAAGCUUCUCUGGAUAUUUACACGGUUUCACAGGCUGACUCUCGUCGCCCCCUAGUGCUCGGCUCGGCAUUGAAAACGUGUGAUUUUUCUGGGGAGGAAAAUUCUUCAACCACAGGAUAUCCUACUUGAUAGCAUCAAAAGAAACAACUGCUUCUGUCUUUUCAAGCUUUCAGAGAGAAUGCACAGCCGGAGGACUUCAUGACGCUUGGUCUGUGGAUCUAAUCUUAAAAUCAGAAAAAGGUGACGAAAAGAAAAAGCAUCUUCGAGUGGAAGCGCCAAAAAUGGCCACAGAGUCUUUCCAUGCUGCUUACGCUGCUGUAGCCCCGUCCGCCAUCCCCAUAACCCCCGCCACGAGGAACCUGCUCAGGAUGUUUCACGAGUACCAGAGUAACGCGGUCAUCUUGACGCACUACAACUACACGGGAAAACUGCAAGAGAACAAGUACAAGGAAGGACUCACAUCGGAGGCCAUCGCGUUUCUGCUGGUGUGCCUGCUGAUCGUCAUGGAGAACGCCGUGGUGCUUUUGGCGAUCUGGAAGAACAAGAAGUUCCACAUGCCCAUGUACUACCUACUGGGCAACCUGACGCUCUCGGACCUGCUCGCAGGCUUUACCUACAUGGUGAACAUCAUAACAUCCGGCGCCAACACUUUAAACAUGACCCCGGUGCUUUGGUUCCUGAGGGAGGGCGGCGUGUUCAUCAUGCUGGCCGCUUCGGUCAUCAGUCUGCUCGCCAUCGCCAUUGAGCGCCAUGUCACGAUGGUGAGGAUGAAGCCGUAUCAAGGGGACAAACAGGGGCGGAUGUUUGCACUGAUCGGAGCGAGCUGGGUGUUAUCCGUGUUCCUUGGCGUCCUCCCCGUCCUCGGCUGGAACUGCAUGGGCCAGCUUGAUCAGUGCUCCACCGUGCUCCCGCUCUACGCCAAGAGCUACAUCCUCUUCUGCAUCACCAUCUUCAGCGCCAUCCUCAUGUCCAUCGUGGUGCUGUACGUGCGAAUCUUCCGCAUCGUGAAGUCCAACACCCAGCGCCUCGCUUCGGUCCCGCAGCGCAAAGGCCUCUACCGAAAGUCCCAGAAGUACAUGGCGCUGUUGAAGACCGUCACCAUCGUCCUGGGCGUCUUCAUCAUGUGCUGGCUGCCGCUCUUCAUCCUCCUCCUGCUGGACUUCUUCUGUCCAGCCAAGAGCUGCGGCGUGCUCCUCAAGGCGGACUAUUUCCUCGGCAUCGCCAUGUUCAACUCCCUCCUCAACCCGAUCAUCUACACGCUGACCAGCAAGGACAUGAGGCGGGCGAUCCUCCGGCUGCUCUGCCGACCCUGCCUCCUGACGAAGGACGGGCAGGUGAAGAAGAUCGGGAUGCCCUUCCUGGAGUGCAGCACCAGUAAGGCGGAUGGACCCUCUCACAGACUGGAGGGAGUGGAGACGACCGUGUCCUCCGGAAACUUUACACCCUCGACCAUCAAAGCAAUUUACCCCCGGAUGUCCAAAACAUGACACGCUGAGAACGAGAACUCGCACUAAAGACUUGCUCGUCUCAGAUCUGAGCUGCAUGUGUGCUCCAGUCGAGUGUACGACAGGAACUGAAGGUUUACGUUGCACUCUGCCCAAGUUUUUGGCAUGAACGGAUUGAGCUCGAUGCACGUGAUCAAUGCUCAAAUUGGGAGAAAGACAAUAAUUUUUAAAGUUCAUUAUCAUGAAAAACUGAAGUGUCAGAGCCUCAAAAGUCCACUGUGAAAUCUGACGAGUUGAUCUUAUUUAAACAUUUAAAAAGUAUCGGCGACCGAUCGCCACGAAAAAGUAAACAUGCCUUUUCUCGCGUUAUGUUUACUUUGUUUUUUUGUUAGGUUUACUAACAAUUUUGAUGUACUCAAUUUAAAAAUGGCGAGUGAAAUUAACUUGUUUUUUCUUAGUGACAGCGACUUAAUCAAACCAAGUUAGUCUGAUUUAACAGGUGUUCGUAGGAAACUGAUGCGUUUGACGAACUAAGUAAGCAAAACAAAAAAUGCAGGAUUAUUUUGAGUAUCUUGAGACAAGACCAGUGUUCAUGGAAACAAACAAAAUUAUACAAUCAAAGCAAAUCCACUUUAAGCCUUAUAAAAAAAAUCUAAAAAAUAAUAAUAUUCAGAUAAUAUCCUUGUCUUUGUUUUAGGAUUUCAACAAGGCCCAAAGUCAUGCUGUUUGAUUAAAAAAAAAGCUAAGUCAAGCUAACUUAGUUCACUUAAAAACUUAAGUUGCUAACACUUAGAAAAAAAAAACAAGUGAGUUCUCGCGUCAUUUUUAAGUUACAGCAACUUCACAAAAUUUAUUUAAAACUUUAAGUAAACUUAACUAUUAGUAUAAACAUUAAUCUAAACUAAUAGUUAUAUUUACUAUAAUCAAGGCAAUCGGUUUCUUAGAUUUCUAAAAGUAAGAUGAGCUUGUGAGUUUACAGUGUAGGUUUCUUGUGGAAAAAAAUAGUUCUUACUUUUAUUUUUUUAGUCGCUGAACAGUAUUAAAAAAAGUCAUUUCAUUUUAUCUUUUUCCACAUGCAAUGAAACCAAAGACUGUGCAGACGUCAACAGACGACAAGUUGAUAUUACUUAAAGUAAUCCUGGAAACCGAUUGUCUUAAAAAGUAAUUUAAAUAUUACUAGAAAUCUUCAGCUGUAUUUACAAAACCCUUUUAAACACUGAUUUCUUGAAAAACAUUGGAAAUUAUUUUUUAAAAAAGUUUUAAAAAAGUCUCAAGGAAAUGACACAGAAAAAGUGCUCAAGAAUUAUACAAAUUUUGCAACAUAAUUUCAAAUCUGAAAUUCUGAUCACUUAUAUAUAAUUUUUUCCCCUAGCUUUU